UUAUUUCCAUCGGCUAGGCGCUCACGCUUUGUUAUGAGGAAUGUGAUUAGCGGCUAACGUUUACCGUCAUUUCCGUUGUCAAGUGCGCAGCGAUGGAGAGCCGGGGUUGGUAGGCGACGGAGGCCUCCCGGUGUAUCAGGCUCUCCGCGAACUACCCCGGGCAUGAGCUCGACUUAAGGAGGCCCCGGCAGCCGCGUUUAAAGAUAGAGGAUGAAGAGGAGAGCAUCUGAAAGGGAUUCUGGAGAGACCUCUGCCAGAUCCAAGGCACUCUGCACCAGUAUCUCGGGAAGUAAUGCCAAGAGGGCAGGUCCCUUUAUUUUAGGGCCUCGUUUAGGAAACUCUCCUGUGCCAAGUAUCGUUCAGUGCUUGGCACGGAAAGAUGGCACAGAUGACUUCUAUCAGCUUAAGAUCCUGAGCCUGGAGGAAAGACCUGAUAAAGCAGGGGAGACACAGGAAGAGAGACAAGGCAAAAUGCUGCUGCAUACUGAAUAUUCUUUAUUAUCCCUUUUGCACAAUCAGGAUGGAGUGGUCCAUCACCAUGGUCUUUUCCAGGACCGGACAUGUGAAAUUGCAGAAGAUCUGGACGCCAACAAGCUAGUGAGGAAAAUGCGGAAACGGAUAUGUCUGGUGCUGGAUUGUCUUUGUGCCCAUGAUUUCAGUGAUAAGACUGCAGACCUAAUCAAUUUACAGCAUUAUGUCAUCAAAGAGAAGAGACUGGGGGAACGGGAAACAGUAGUUAUCUUCUAUGAUGUUGUCAGAGUAGUAGAAGCCCUUCAUAAGAAAAAUAUUGUUCACAGAGACUUGAAGCUGGGUAAUAUGGUGCUGAACAAGAGGACUCAUAGAAUAACUAUCACUAAUUUCUGCCUUGGGAAACACUUGGUGAGUGAAGAUGACCUGUUAAAAGAUCAGAGAGGAAGUCCAGCAUACAUCAGUCCUGAUGUACUUAGCGGUCGGCCUUACCGAGGAAAGCCAAGCGACAUGUGGGCUCUGGGCGUAGUCCUAUUCACCAUGUUGUAUGGUCAGUUUCCCUUCUAUGACAGCAUACCUCAAGAACUGUUUCGCAAAAUUAAGGCAGCAGAAUACUCUAUCCCAGAGGAUGGCAGAGUAUCAGAGAACACAGUUUGUCUAAUAAGAAAGCUGUUGGUUUUGGACCCUCAGCAGCGCCUGACUGCAUCUGAAGUUCUGGAGUCUCUUGGAGGAAUCAUAUCUUCAUGGCAAUCCAUGUCUUCGUUAAGUGGCCCGCUGCAGGUUGUUCCUGACAUUGAUCAUGUGACAAGCCCAGAGAACUUGCAGGAGACUAAAGUGACAGAAGAAUCAUCUCAAUAUGAGUUUGAAAACUACAUGCGGCAGCAGCUUCUUUUGGCAGAGGAGAAAAACACAAUCCACGAAGCUAAGAACUUCCCUCAGAAACGUCACUUUGGCAAUUUCCCACCCAUUAGAAGAUUGGGAUAUGAUGCUCAGCCAGUGAGCCCUUUGGACGCUGCAAUUUUGGUCCAGCGAUACCUUCCUCCCUCACACCUGACUCUUCCCAGUUCUCACUAACUCCAUUAACCCCUAGAUGCUUCAUUGUCUCUUGAAAACAUCAGGUGGAGAAUCCCCGUCAGCUGUGAAAGGUUUACAUGGUGCUAGACUUCUACUUUGCCUCGCUCACCUUUUUAUUUCCCUUUUACUAUGAUCCUGU